AUGGGUGGCCCCAGCGCCCACGGGCAAAAAAACAAGGCGCACAAGGCUGGUCGCACCGCCGGCAAGAGCGCCCGCGAGAAACAUCAUGAGAAGAAGGACGCGGGUAGCGGCCGCCACAGGCAGCCCAUCAAGGCCGCGAGUGCGUCCACCAAGGCCGAGCGUGCCCUCGCCUCCAAACAGCAGAGGGACGCCAAGCGCCAGCAGGCCCUGGAGCGCCGCCGCCGCGAGGGCGCCCCCCUAGUGGUCGCGCUGCUGCCGCUGUCAUCAGAGGCCGACGCGGGGGCGCUCUGGCGCCGCCUGCACGAGGCAUGCAGUGGGGGCGCGGCGCAGCAGCACGGCAGGCAGCAGCAGCAGCAGCAAGCACAAGGCAACGGCGGCGAUGACGCCAUGGCGGAUGCCGACGCCGCGCUGGCUCUCAACAUUUCGAGCCCCGACCAGCUCGCCGCUGCGCUUGGCUUCCGGCCCCACACCGCCGUGGUGCAGGGCCGCACCCGCCUGCGGCUGACGCUGCUCCCGCCGCCGCGCGACAGAGGGGACCCGCUCGCGUACGUGCAGCUCGGGCGCUGCGCGGACGUGCUGCUGCUCGCGCUGCCGUGCGGCGAGGGGUCGCUGGUGAUUGACCGGGAGGGCGAGCUGGCGCUGUCCGUGCUACGCGCUCUAGGCAUGCCCCACUGCGUCGGCGUUGUGCUGUGCGGCGCCGACGGCGGCGGCGGCGGCGGCGGCGCGGCCGCGGCGAGCAUGAAGGAGCGGUCAGCGGCGCGCCGGCGCGCGGAGAAAGCGCUCGCCGCGCAGCUGCCCGGGGAGCUGCGCCUGCUGCACGGCGACGGCGCCGCGGACGCGCAGCAGCUGCUGCGCCACCUGGCGGACGCGGCGCCGCAGCCGCCGGUGUGGCGGCGGCAGCGGGCGGCGGUGCUGGUGCAGGAGGCGGCGUUCAGCCUCGACCCGGCCGGCAAUGCCGCCGACGGGCAGCAGCAGCAGCAGCAGCAGCAGGAGCAGCAGCAGCAGCAGCAGCAGCAGCAGCCAGCGGGCACGCUGCGGCUGACCGGCUACGUGCGCGGCGCGGGGCUGUCGGCCAACAACCUGGUGACGGUGCCUGGCGCGGGCGACUUCCAGCUUCUCGCCAUCGAGGGCCCGCCAGACCCUGCCGCUCACGGCCACGGCCACGGCGCGCGCGCGGCGCCCAACGGCGGCGACAGCGACAUGGCCGACGCCGGCGGCGGCGCUGGCGCGCUGCCGGUGCUCGCGGCGCCAGACCCCGAGCUGCAGGACUCGGCCGCGCGCGAGAACGCGCCGGACCCUCUGAUGGGGGAGCAGACGUGGCCGACGGAUGAGGAGCUGAGGGAAGCUGAGCUGGCGGCCGCGGCGGCCGCGCGCGCCCAGAAGCGGCGGAAGCUGCCUCCCGGGACGUCAGACUACCAGGCCGCCUGGAUCUUCGACGACAUGAGCGGCGGGGAGUCGGACGACGAGGAAGACGAGGAGGCGGGGGGCGCCGGCGCGGCGGGGGCCGGUGACAGGGAUGGGGACGGCAUGGACGAGGGUCCGGCGGCGGGUGGCAGCGGGGGCGGCGGCGGCGGGGGCGGCGGCGGCGGUCUGAGGUUUGAUGAGGAGGGGGCCGGCGCUGACCUGGAUCAUUUGGCGGUUGAUGAUCCGGGGACGGACGGGAUGGCGCUGGACGAGGAGGAGGAGGACGAGGAGGAGGGCGGCGGCGCGGCGGCGGCGGCGCGGGUGCGGGCGCUCAAGGAGGAGAUGCGGCGGCAGCGGCAGGACCAUCCCUGA